AUGAGGCGGUAUGUGACUGCUGGAGUCGCAAUCCGUCGCACAUUCAGCCCAACAACCAGGAUGGCGAGCACAUCAAGCACGCCCGUAGAGGACACGAUCCGGAAGAAGGUCACCGACGCGCUCAACCCGACGCAGCUCACGAUCCGAAACGACUCACACCUGCACUCUCACCACAAAGCCAUGGUGGGAUCGACGUCGAAGGAGACGCAUUUCUACCUGGACAUCACAUCCCCGUCGUUCGCCUCCAAAGCACAACCCGCCCGCCACCGUAUGGUCUACGCGCUGUUGAAGGACGAACUCGACCGCGAGGGUGGCAUCCACGCACUGCAACUACGCACCAAGACGCCUGAGGAGGUCGAGCGCGAGAAGGCGCGGAAUCCUUAG